UCCUUGUAUCUUCAAUAUUUAAUUAAUUCUUUGCCUAUUGAUUUAUGAAUUCUAGUUAAAAAGAAUUGUUGUGCUCAUUUAAACUUAUCGCAAAGAAAGAAUGUGGUACAUAUUCCUCAAGUAGUUCUCUAUUAUAAAACUACAUUAGAUUACUUAUAUUUAGCAUUCAAAUGAGUGAACGAAAAAGCUAGUCUAAACAUAAAUUCAUUGUAAUGGGAGUAUAUAAGAACCAAAAAUUAUGAUGCAAACAUAAGAAUGAUGUAUGAAAAAUCUUAGUUAGUAAGAGCGUCUAAUAUAUAUAGUUAAACUGUGGGAACAAUUAU